CUGCCGUCGCGCUUUGCGGCGUUGGGGGGGGCGGGCGGUUGUCGCUCUCACGGGGAGCGGUGAUGGCGACGUACGUGAGCGAGCUGGAGGCGGCCAAGAAGAGCCUGAGCGAGGCGCUGGGCGAGAAUGUGAAGCAGUACUGGGCCAACUUGAAGCUCUGGUUCAAGCAAAAGAUCAGUAAGGAGGAGUUUGACCUGGAAGCACGCAGGCUUCUCACGCAAGACAAUGUCCACUCUCACAACGAUUUCCUCCUGGCUAUUCUUACGCGAUGCCAGAUCUUGGUUUCUGCACCAGAAGGUGCUGGAUCUCUGCCGUGGCCAGGUGGCUCUGCAACUAAACCUGGAAAACCCAAAGGAAAGAAAAAGAUUUCUUCAGUUCGACAAAAGUUUGAUCACCGGUUCCAGCCUCAGAAUCCGCUCUCUGGAGCUCAGCAAUUUGUGGCAAAGGAUCCUCAGGAGGAUGAUGACCUGAAGCUGUGUUCUCACACCAUGAUGCUUCCUACACGUGGCCAGUUAGAAGGAAGGAUGAUUGUAACUGCGUAUGAGCACGGCCUAGACAAUGUCACAGAGGAGGCAGUGACUGCAGUUGUUUAUGCUGUGGAGAACCAUCUUAAGGAUAUUCUGACAUCUGUGAUAUCCAGGCGGAAAGCCUAUCGUCUGCGAGAUGGCCAUUUCAAGUAUGCCUUUGGAAGCAAUGUUAACCCGCAGCCAUAUCUGAAGAACAGUGUUGUGGCUUAUAACAAUUUAAUUGAGUGCCCUCCAAACUGUGCGACACCUUCUGCCGGUCAGAGUCUAACUCCCCAGCCCCCGCCUGAUGAUGCUGAGCAGCAGGCAGCUCUACUCCUAGCGUGCUCUGGAGACACCUUGCCAGCGUCCCUCCCGCCAGUGAACAUGUAUGACCUUUUUGAGGCAUUACAGGUGCACAAAGAAGUUAUUCCUGCGCACACUGUCUAUGCUCUAAACAUUGAGAGAAUUGUCAUGAAACUUUGGCAUCCAAACCACGAGGAGCUACAGCAGGAUAAAAUCCAUCGCCAGCGCCUGGCAGCAAAGGAGGGCCUUCUACUCUGCUAGAGCUAGGCAGCUGUGUCAGGCCUCAGGUGGCUACGGUGCUAUUCCUUGGACUUGACAUUCAGAUGCUUCUUGCAAACCUGUGUCAGCAUUUCAAGGAUGAUGUAAGUUAUGAGUCAACUUUUCCUAUGGAAAUAUGACUGAAUUGUGGUACACUUUCUCUGCUUCCCCAGAGUCAUGUGCCAUGGAGUGCUUGCAGCAAUCCCACUGAAUUGGAAAGGAGAAACGAGAUUUGUUUGCAAAGACUGUUUUUUAGGAAAAAUAAAUGUGAGGGUGGAAAGCGUUGGUUUUAAAUAAGGUGUAUUUGUGUUUUCUUUUGUGAGCAUGGGGAAUCUGCCUCCUCGCCCUCCCCUCUCUGGUAGUUUCCCUUCUGAGAUCAGUCUCCAAGGGCCUUGUCCAACUUCUGUUGCAGUUGGUGGGAUCCUUUUCCAUUCAUUUAACUGGAAACAGGGUGGGCUCUUGUGAAGUGAAGAUGAGCAAUUCUGUAAGCUGACAUUGUUCCUCUUCUACCAGGGGAACUUCUGUUUAGAAACUCUGAGAAAACAAGGUAAAAAGGGAAAAGUCCUUUCUAGCCUGUCUUUUGAACUGUUUUGCAUCACAAAACAUGAAGGUAUACACUAUCAUAGGAAUCUCUCACCAGUUACCAAAAUGCGCAAUAAAAUCGGGGUUGUGAGUAA